AUGAUUCAAGGCAAGCCUGAUCGUGACGAGAUCCGGCGCUCUGUGAGUCUCUAUCUCCGAUCACAAGAAUCUUCCGCCAAUCCUUUCUAUGCAGCCACACCAUCGAUCCUGCCGUCCUUGUCUCAUACACGUCCCAUGAGUCGCGAGAAGGGCCACCAAACGGCUUCUUCCACGCUGGACAAAAGCAGUUCAAGCAAUUUCUCUCCGAAGGUGUCGAGAAUCCAGAAUACUUCGAGCCAUGGCCAGGCACCCAUGGGCCGAGCUUGGAGGAUGGACCACAUAGUCUCCAAGCGACAGCAACCGAGGGCAAGUAAAGAUCUGUUACCACCGUCCCACGAAGGAUACAACUUCCCCAACCUCGUCCAUGUUCACGCGCCUCCUAUCAACGAUCGAUUGGCCGCCUUCGCGCAUAUCCACAUGAAUGAAUCGUCGCCCUUACAACUUCCCGCUCCACCAUCAACAUGCCAGUGCGACGUGGGGAUUUGCUUAGGUUGUGGUAAAGACCAUGCCCUUCGACAUCCCGCCGACACCGAAAUGUCCUCACCCACGCCAUCGCCACCACCAUCUUCCUCUGAAGAAGACAACAUGUUGGACCACCGAGAGACAAAAGCCGCACCGAUCAAAAUCGAACCCUUGUCCAGACCUUCACCAGAUCUCAGCAAAAUCUCGGGCCAAGCCACUUGCGAGCGAUGUGGGAAGCUUUUCAAAAGACAAAACGAUCUCCCCCGACACAUGAAGACAGCUUGUCCCUACCGACCCAUCGACCGGAACGCCAAACGACAUUUCUGUCAGACUCCUGGUGAUUUUGCAUUGUCGGAAGGAGAAGCAUGA